GGGGGAUCUGAAGGACAGCACAGAUCUUGACUCCGCAAUUCAGAUCCAAGAAUUUCUAUCCUGUCCGGUUCGCGAAACAUCCUAGCCGAAGUUGCUAAGCUUCUCAGAUUUUUUUUUUUCUUUCUCUUCCUGUCCGCCGCGACUGCUGCGCAACCGCCCAGACUGUCUCUUUUAUUUCGUGCGCAGCUGCUUGAUCCAGCGAGAAUGCUGAGCUCGCUGCUGCGCACGAUCCCGAAGCGGACGUCGUUCGAGCCUGAGCCGGAGGACUACUUCCAGGCGUCUCUGGGCCUGAUCUUCACGGACGAUCUGCAGAACACGCACGGCGACGCCGACACUUUUGUGCGGUACCGGAGCAACGGGUACGGCGACUUGGACAUUUCCGUCGCUGACCCGCAGGCCGCGUCGGAGAGAUCCAAGUUCGCUCAUCACCUGUGGAACGCAGGUGUGCUGAUGGGAGAGCUCGUAGGUGGUAGGCGCAAGCAAGGUCAAAACCCACCGGCAGACGACGAUGACGAUUGGGGUCGGCGGAAGUUCUUGGACGGGGCCCUCUGGUGGCUCAGCGAGGAGGAGGAAAAGAUGUGGAAUGUGCAGGGCGAGACGGUCAUCGAGCUGGGUGCAGGCGCCGGCCUUGGAGGCAUCAUGAGUGCUUUGGCGGGCGCGAAAGAGGUCGCCAUCACGGACUACCCGGCCGAAAGCAUUCUGAACACGCUACGGACCAACGUCUCGAAGGCGGUCCCAGAGAAUGUAAGGGGAGCGGUCGUCGUCGCGGGCCACAAGUGGGGCGACGUCGCCUCUCCCUUUGCGGCUUCUCACCGCGGCCGGUUCACGCAUGUGCUCGCCGCCGACACGCUUUGGCUCGCAUCCGAGCACGACGCCCUCGUAUGCUCGAUGCUGCACUUUCUUGCGCCGCACCCAGCGGCCCGGAUCCACGUCAUCGCCGGUUUCCACACAGGCCGCGCGAAGCUGGCCGCCUUCUUCGAAGAUGCAGUUCCUAACGCGGGCCUCGAGAUCGAGCGUAUCUUCGAGAUGGAUGCGGAUGGCAGGCGACGCCCAUGGCAGCCUGGCGCGCCGGACGAGCCUGUCGGUGAGAGAAAGAAAUGGCUCGUCGUGGCCAGCCUCCGGCGAGGACCAGCAAUGAAUGGGAAUGAGCGGUGAAUAGAAGAAAAAACCGAGCCGGAGGGUUUGCCGCCGUUGUGUCUAGCCCAAGUGCCGGACCGUUUCUCCGUGCUAUCCUACUUUGCGACCUGUAUGUCAAAUGGAUCCCAGAAUCGUCUUGCGAGCACAGCCUCUUCGCAAACGGUGCAGAAAAUGGCGACUACUCUGCUCUUUUUGUUUGUUUUCUGUGAUCCAUCCAGUUGUGAGUACGGGCGCGAACCCGCUACCGUGGGCACGGGAAGAUCGUCAAGCACAGGCAGUACCGGAAACGUGGGUGCGUCAAGCUUCUCCGCAUCCGCAAAGAAUUGUGGGAGUUUAGCAGAUGCUGGGCAUUUACUCCACGAACGCGGCUUCAGCGACAUGCCCACUUUGCUGUCUCGAAUGGUUUGAUAUCCCAUGGUAUACCAGACUUGCGCGGCAAGAAUUCAAACGUGCCAUAGCUGCGAAGGAAAUAGAUCGUAUUUUCACAUGGGAGACAGCAGUGCAAAUCUUAGAAUUUAUUUCUCCUUCUUUGUUGUUGGAGAGGGAGUCAUGCCUUGAUCAUCGUACUUGUAAGAGCUUCGACGUUCUGCGAAAAAUCGUGGAUGAACAGGGUGAAACUAGAAAGUACAAGCUAAAGAUAAGUAUGAUUCUUGUUUUCUUUUAUGAUAUUGCUAUCAUAUUCAUUCUACGACCGUCAUUUUGCACCACCUGAAAUCUGCGCUCGUUUAUUUGUCUCUCCGUU